AUGGCAUUAGUUUCGACGCUGUCAAACGCUUGCUCAUAGGACGAAGAUUAAAACGAGAGGUAGGCUACUCUCGGCGAACCUCGAUAAUCCUCGAAACUAUCUGGAUGUGAUCCACGCAGCUGAAUUCCUGCGAAAUCCAGCUUGCUUUACAGGUUGGACUCCAUCCGGCGAUGUCCUCGAGCUUAUAAGAGGUCGACCAAAACAUGGUCCGGUCCCGGAGCCGUGGCUGCUUCAUGGUCUGGAUGACGGCGCGUACUUCAGCAGGUAUACAAUCCAUUACGCUGCCGUAUGUGAGGGAACAGAGCCGUUAAAGUUUUUAUUAAAGAAUGGCGCUGCUCCUUCAUCGCUUACAAAACAGCACGAAACACCAUUGCACGUGGCUGCACGAGCGGGACGAAAGGAGAAUAUAAAAAUUCUUCUCGAAGCACUUGCGAAACUGGAAACUACGGAUGGUGAAUCGCCAGCAAUUAAACCAGAGAAAUCAUUGAUGAAUUCUCGUACGAGACAAGGCGAUACUGCCCUUUGCCUUGCAGUGAAGAAUCAGAAGUUAGAAGCUGUGAACGCUCUUCUCACACAUAAAACCGUCCUUAUCGAUCAUCCUACCUCAACGACAAAAAACAAAAUGACACCGCUUAUGGUAAUAUCAUUGUAUGGAUUACCUCAAGUAAACUACUGCAGUUUGUAUGUUAGGCUUUUGUAA